CAUUUAAAUUCGAAUCAUACAAUUAUAUCAAAUAUCAACUGUAUUUUACAUUUUUUAUGUUGUUAUAACAGGUAUAACUGCAAAAUAUAUCUUUACGGAUAGAUUCCUAGGACAUAAUCAUAUCAGAUUAAAACAAGUGUAAAUAUGUGUUAAACAGUUUGUGUUAGAUAAGUAAAUUAACCUAUUUCUUAAAAAAAAUGAGUUUAGAAGAAUCUUUUACAUUAUUAAGCAGCAUGUCACCAAAGUUAUUGACAAGUAAAAGAAUCAGGAAAAAUGUGCCGAAAAUUUUAUCUUUAAAGAAGCCAAUUCAAAAAUCUUCCAUGUUAUACAAAACUGAGUGUAAAAAAAACGAGAGUAUUAUACUUGUAGAAGAAAGUUCUUCAGAGACUGUGUCUACUCUGUCUAGCACUUCAAUUGAUAAAAAAAGCGACAUUAACAAUUCCACUAUUAUUAUAUCUGAUUCAGAAAAUUCAGUUGUAACUAUUGAAGAUUCGUUUUCUAUACUGGAAAUUAACACACAGAAAUGCAGUUUGUCAGACACAAAGUUUGAAAAAGUCGCUGAAUGGGUAUCAAAAGUAAAUAGUGAAUUAAAAGAUGUUGAUUAUUACAACAGUACCUCUAAACUAGAACAAUCUCUGGGAAAUGUCCGUAAUCAAUUAACUCAGAAUUCUGUAGAUAAUUAUAAAGAAAUGAAUGCUAGAGAAGAGUGUGUUUCGAAAACACCAGAUAAAAAUGUAAAAGAAAAUAACUGCAUCAAAGAUAAACCUGUCCAGUUGAAUGAUACAAGUGUUUCUCUGUCAUUAAGAAUUUCAAUAAAUGAUAGUAAUAAUUCAGCUGAAGUUGUCCCUAAAAAAGGUAGUAACACUUUUAAAAAGCCAAAAAAUGGAAUUAGUGAUAGAAAUGAAGGAUCAGAAAAAUCUGUUGAGGAUGUAUUGGACGAUAUUUAUGGCGAUUGCUGGCGAGAAAAUAAAGAUGUUAUAUUACAACAAAGUGAAAGAAAGCAGGAGAAAAAUUACAUUCCAAAUAACUUAAAAAAAGUCGCCCUAACUGACAUAAAAGGCAGAACAAGAACUCCCACCUACAAACAUAAGAAAGCGCCGUGGAUUGAUUUACUAAAACAAGUUUGUGAUCCAGAUACUAGUACUUCUGAUGAAGAUGAUAAUUGCAAAUAUUCUGACAUUCGUACAAAGCUCGAUUUUGAAGAAAGAGAAAAUAUUUCACCUUUAUUUGCAAAAAGUAGUACAACUAAUUUCAAUUUAAAUAAAGAAAAUAUUGAUUCCCCAAAAGAGAAUCUUUUUGGUGACGUUGGUGAAGACUUUUUAAGUUUAAAAGAUAGGCUAUUGAGAAAAUUGAAGGAUAAUGGCAAUUGUAAUGAAUUAGACAAAAAUAACUGUAGACUGAUUGAAAACAAUCUGCUUGAUGAUAUUCAUUUUGACAAGGAAAAUGUAGAUGUUAUGAAUAAUAAAAAAGGUAUUAGAAAAAAACCGAUAAAAAGAAACACUGCUAAGCCUGAAGAUAAAAAGAAGAAGAAUAGCAAUAGAAGAGAAAAAGUUGAUAAAAUAAUAGACUCUGACUUCGACGAUGAUAAUGAUGUACAAAAAUAUAAUAAAAACAAUAAAAAGUACUUUGAAGAAAGUUUAAGACAGGCAUCGUUUUUAUCGUCUUUAUCAGGUUCUUUACCUAAACACUGUUGCGACCCUUCGGCCUUAAUAUUCCGGAACAAUUUUAAAACGCUCAAAGAUGAGCUCGCAAAAAAGUUAUUCUCAAUGUACAAUGAAAAAGUGUUUGAUAGUCAGAUUCCAUCUGAUACAUUAAUUCAAUGGAAUGAUAGAAUGAGAGGGUCCGCUGGGUUUUGUUAUUGUGUAAAAACAACUUCUUCUCAGGGCCGGAUUACUAGAAAAGUACGAAUAGCUUUGGCUACAAAAAUUCUGGACUCGGCCGAUAGGCUCCGAGAUACACUGAUUCACGAGAUGUGUCAUGCUGCCAGUUGGAUCAUCGAUAGCUUGUCAGAUGGACAUGGACCCGUGUGGCAAAAGUGGGCUCAAAAGGCAGGGUCAGUAUUCCCAGAAUUGCCUCCUAUAAGAAGAUGCCACAACUACAAAGUAAAUACAAAAUAUACUUACAGGUGCACUGGAUGUGGCUAUAGCAUUGGUCGACAUAGUAAAUCACUGGAUAUUGAACGCAAGAGAUGUGGUUAUUGUUAUGGCGUUUUUGAAAUUUUAAUUAAUAAGAUAAAUAAGUCUGGGGAAGUACAAAGUGUUCCGGCAACUCCAAAGAAGGAACCAAACCCUUUUGCUUUGUUUGUAAAAAAUAAUUACGCGGCGUAUAAAACGCCUCAGUUGAAACAUGGCGAUGUAAUGAAACUUUUAGGACAAAAGUUUUCAGAAAUGAAAGUGAAAAGUACUGACUAAAUAAUUACGUAAUUUUUAUUAAAAGACUGAAUAUGGAUAAUUUUUAGACUCAAUAAUUAUUA